AAUAAAUCCCGCCCCCAUGAGAAUGCAUUAUCCAGAACGAAGCAUGAAACAGUGGCCGGCGUGGCAGAUAGCUAUUGGCAGCUUGACAGAAAGGUGGAUUGCAGAGAAUUUGUUUUAAAGCUCAUUGAGACUCGUUAUGGACCCCUGGAGUUGGUGCCAAGACGUGUUACGAUGUCAUCUCUGUGAGACCCCGGGGACCCCUAUGUACUGUGACAUUUGUCACAUACAUCUGUGUAAAGCCUGUGUGGGGGAACAUCUUUCUGAUCAAUCCACAGAACACAAAGUGGUGCCAUUUGAAAAUAGGGGAUCUUUUCCUAUAUGCCGAGAACAUUCCAAUAAACAAUCUGAACUUCACUGUGAACAAUGUGACGUUCCUAUUUGUGUACAGUGUGUUUCCUCUGAAAAGCAUCAAGGUCAUAAAUUUGUCGACAUAAAGGAAAAUCUUGAAAGCAAAAAAAAAGUCCUCGAGAGAGAUCUACAAGAAUUAGAGAAAUCCAUUUAUCCUAAGUACCAAGAGAUUGUAUCUAACAUCCCAAUUCAAAGAGCCGAUUUCGAGAAAAACUCCCAAAAAUUGACAACAGCUUUUAACAAACAUAGAGAAGACAUGCAUAAAGAAAUAGACGCUUUUAUCGAGAAACUGGAAUCAGAUCUCAGUGCAAUGAACUCCGAAUACCUGGAUGUACUAAAUAAUCAAGAAGAUGAAAUCAAGCGUAACAUUUCUAAAAUAGCACAGAUCAUUGCUGAUAUAAAGAAAUCACUAAAUUCCAAUAAUGCUAGCCUUGUCUUCCCUUACAAAUCCAGGAAUGCUGAAUUCAGAAGAUUGCCCCCUAAACUAUUAGUUUCUUUACCAAGCUUUAACCCUCAGAAAAUCAACAGUGAAAAGAUUUCUCAGCUGUUUGGUUCUUUGUCGGCGUUAUCUAUUGACACAGAACAGUAUUCCACAUUGGAUUCUCCUGGUGCAGCGUUCUCGGCGUUAUCUAUCGACACAGAACAUUAUAUCACAUUGGAUUUUCCUGGUGCAGAGUUCUCGGCGUUAUCUAUCGACACAGAACAGUAUUCCACAUUGGAUCCUCCUACUGCAGAGUUCUCCCCUCCGGACAACCUGCUCAUUGAUGAACCACGGGUUAUCACUAAAAUAAAGACAAAGCAUGGAUUUUUUAAUGAAUUACACGGUAUAUCCUGUCUGAACGAUGAAAAAAUAUGGGUAUGUGGUGGUUGCAAAAAAAUGAGACUCUACAAUCUCCGGGGACAACAAUUGAAGACAAUCGAAACCAAGUCAGGAAAAAAACCAAAAGACAUAGCAGUGACAAGGAGUGGGGAUCUGAUUUAUACUGAUGAAAAAGAGAGAACCGUGAAUAUAGUGAAAAAUACACAUAUAGAAUCAGUGGUCAGACUACAUGGCUGGAGACCUUGCUAUGUCUGUAUUACCCUCUCUGGUGAACUCCUGCUAGUCAUGAACAGUGAUGAUAAUAAAGAAACAAAAGUUGUGUGUUACUCUGGCUCCACAGAGAAACAAAGUAUUCAGUUUAAUGACAAAGGACAACCUCUCUAUUCAUCUGGUGGAUAUAGCAAUAGUAAAUACAUCUGUGAGAACAGGAACCAAGAUAUCUGUGUGUCAGACAAUGGAGCCGGUGCAGUAGUGGUGGUCAAUCAGGCCGGGAAACUCCGGUUUAUCUACACUGGUCCUCCUUCUACCAAGGGAUCAUUUAGUCCAUAUGGCAUCGCAACAGACAGCCAGGGUCGGAUCUUGACGUCAGACUGGUACAAAAAACGUAUCCACAUCCUUGACCAGGACGGACAGUUCCUCAGCUACAUUGACAACUGUCAUUUAUGCGCUCCAUGGGGUUUAUGUGUGGACUCCAGAGACAACCUCUUUGUAGGCGAACUGGUUACAAGUGAAGUAAUACAAAUCCAAUAUAACACGUAAAAACAUGUUGAAUUUAUACAACUACAUGUACACUGUCAACAGUUUAAAGGUUUUAAUUAGAGACAAUGUGUACAUAGUAAUUGAGAAUUAACCAAUUACGUUAGGGGGUCAAUAUGAAUCAUAAAUUUUAUCAAACUGAUUUUGUUUAUGUAUAUAUUUUAUGCCGCCAAAAUAUGAAGGCAAACUGACUCUUUUAUUUUAAUGAAUUUAAAUCAGUUCUUGAAUUAUGUGGGAGUAAGUCAUGUGAUCAGGUCUAAUAUAGUCCAAAGGGCUUCAUGGAACAUUUGAUCAGAUGCAUAUGUAAAUAUAUAGAAUAAGAUGUGUAUAUUUACAAAAUAUAUCUGAUUGUUGUGUAACUAUUUUCUUACGGUUUUACUAAAGGUAACUCCGUACCUAUAAAAUUAUGGGUUCAAAGUUAAAAAACUUAACUUUUUUUAACUUAUUGGACUUGAAUUUCAUCAAAAAAUAAAUGAAAUAUAUAUGUAUCCAUACUAUUUAAGAUGUAAGGUAAUAAAAACCAAAGGCUAAAAUUAUCAUCUGA